GGCCCGCGCUAUAGGCGCGGGAGGGAGAGUGCUGGCGCUCGGAAUCCUGGAGACCCGGGUCUGGGCUGGCGCAGCUCUAGGUCGCACGCGGGAGACGAAGCUAAUUCCGCUGGGUCCUGCCGAGUGGCACACGCGUUGUCACCAUGCUGCCGCCGGGCUCAGAGAGGGAACUGAGUGAGCUUUUGGCUCGAAAGGAGGAGGAAUGUCGAGCCCUCCAGGCCCACCGCGCACAGCUGCAGGAGGCAGCUCUUCAGGCUACUCAGAGCCGCCUGGAGGAGGCACAAGGGAGGCUACAGCGCCUCCAGGAGGACUUUGUUUACAAUCUUCAGGUGCUGGAAGAGCGGGACCACGAGCUGGAGCGCUAUGAUGUCGAAUUCACCCAGGCCCGCAGGCGGGAGGAGGUCCAACAAGCAGAGGCCAGUGAGCUCAAGAUAGAGGUGGCCAAGCUGAAACAGGAACUUACCAGAGAGUCCCGGCGCAUGGAGGAGCUGCAGCAUCAGCAUGAGCUAAUGCUGCAGGAGCAUCGCCUGCAGCUGGAGCGUGUCCACAGUGACAAGAACAGUGAACUUGACCACCAGCGGGAGCAGUACGAGAACCUGAAAUGGAAACUGGAGAGAAAACUGAAGGAACUUGAUGGUGAACUUGCUCUGCAGAGACAGGAGCUGCUGCUGGAGUUUGAAUCUGAAGUGCAGAGAAGAGAGCACGAGUUCCAGCUGAGGGCUGAUGACAUGAGCAAUGUAAUCCUGACCCAUGAGCUCAAGAUAAAACUACUAAACAAAGAGCUGCAAGGUCUGAGAGAAGCUGGCGCACAAGCAACGGAGAGUCUGCAGAAAGCAGAGACAGAGCACACUGAAUUAGAGAGGAAGCUACAGGACCAUGCCCGGGAACUCCAGGAUCUGGAGGCCAUGAAGGAUGCUCGGAUAAAGGACUUGGAGAGGAAGCUUCACUCCGUACAUCUGGCCAAGAAGAAAGCUGAGGAGACUUUCAGGAGGAAACAUGAAGAGCUUGACCGUCAAGCCAGGGAGAAAGACACAGUGCUGGCAGCAGUGAGGGGCGCCCAUGCAGAGCAGCUGCAGGUGCUGGACACCAAGGUGCUGGAGCUUCAGUUCCGAUGUGAAACACUGGAGGGACAACUGCGCAGGGCUGAGCAGAUGCGAGCUGAGGACACCAAGGAGAAGAAUACCCUUACAGACAAAUUUCAUGAAGAUGCAGCAGCUCUGAGAGCUGCCUGGGAUGCCCAGAUCGCUCAGAUGUCCAAGGAGGCUGUCUCCAAAGACCUUCAGGUUCAGACACUACAGGAAGAAGAAAUGAAGCUCAAGGCACAGGUGGCCAGGUUCCAACAGGACAUAGACAGGUACAAGCAGCAGCUGUCCCUGGCAGUGGAAAGGGAACAGAGCCUCGAGCGCGAGCAGGUACAGCUGGGCCUUGACUGGCAGCGUCGCUGUGAUGACAUCGAACGGGACCAGAUCCAGAGAUCUGAGACUUUGAUCCAAGGGCUGACCAAGGCCAGAGAUCAGGUUGCUGCUAAGCUCCAGGAGACAGAGAGGGCAUUGCAGAAGCAGGAGACAUUGCUGAAGGCUGUGUCAGUGGAGCGAGACCAGGCUAUGGAAACUCUACGGACACAUGGGCUCCUCCCGGGACAGGAGGCACAGGUACCCCCUCAGCAGCAUGAAGGAGAAAUAAGAACAGAUUCUCCAUCUAGUGAAAUCCAGAGGUUACAAGAACAGAAUGCAGGUCUGCGGAACGCUGUUUCACAGAUGAGGAGAGAGAUGGAGAUGCUGAGCGGUCAUCUUCCCUCUGCCCAGCCAGAAGAAUGUUCAAACACAAACCCUGAUCCCAAGGCUGGGGGAGAUUCGGCCCCUCCAGAUUAUGUUCGGGCCCUUGAAGCAGAAAUGCAAACCCUAAAGCAUAAACUUAAGGCGUUGGAAGAGCAGCUACAAGGCCCAGAAGAGCCAGUGAAGACGUCUGUGGCCACCGCUGAUCCACACCAUAGUGGCCACAGCUCUGCAGAAGCAGCUGAUGUAGCCCCGGCAGACCAGACUUCCAUUGCAUUGGCACUCAGAAAACUUGGAGACAGAGUACAUCUAUUGAACUUGCUGGUGACACAACUCAAAAAGAAGCUGCGGCAGAAACCCCCCGAGCUGGCCGCUGUGCAGCGUGAGAUCCCCAGUGCAGUGGACCAGGUGCACCUGGAGGUUGUGGAGCUGCAGCGACAGGUGGCUGAGCUAAGGAAGCACCUCAAGAUGCUGCAGCCCCGAGGAGAGCCUUCUUACAGGGAUCACUUACAGAGAGAGGGUCUGGAUGACUGGUACCCCAUGGGCCUGGAAGACCAGAUGGAGUCCCCUACUUUCCCCCAGGAAGGGGCACAGACUCCACAGACCUUAUCUGUGUCCCAUCUGCAAAGGAAAUUAAAGGACGCAGCUAGGAAAAUACUCAGCCUCCGCCUAGAGAGGGAGCAGCUCCUAGAAAUGGGAAAUAGACUCCGAGCCGAGCAGUCCCACUCGAAAGGGAAACUGACUCCUUGCCCAGGUCAUCCCACCUCCAAGCCCCAGGACCCCCAGGAGCUGCCUGAGAGACCUUUGGAACGUGGCCCACCUUUGGGACAGUUGCAGCCCCACUCAACAACUCAGGACCCCAGGCACACCAAGAGAAGAUGUGUUUCUGAAUAUGCAGGGAAGAAUCAACUCCACUCAGCACAAGAGGUCAGCAAAAACAACACCCCACAAGGCCACAGAGCAGGAAUGACGUCAAGGCCUGCUCAGAAGCAGCACAGAGUCCCCAUAGAGACUUGGAAGUCAGUUUAUCAAAAAGAAAACAGGACCCCAAAGCUACCACAGGCUCAAGAAGUCCCUGAAGAAAGUGACUACCAUACCCACAGAUCAUCUUCAUUGGCCAGCAGUUCCCUCCAAGAUACCUGGAGGCUGCUAGACCUGGGAUCCAGCCUUUCAGGCAUCCCCUCACAGGAUAACUCUGCUGCAGAGUGUCCAGCACCUCCGGGACCCAGCUGUUUCCAAAAGGUUAACAGGAGCCCCGUCCCCAUACAAAAGGUCAACCGGAGCCCCGUCCCCAUACAAAAGGCCUUUGCUGUCAAAGGGCUAAAGAUGGAAGCUCAGCCAAAAGCUGCCCACCCUAGACCCAGCAAGUCUCAUCCAGCUAAACCUACAAACUGCCAGCAGCAACAGCACCCUAGGGUCCGCAACUACAACCUCAAGGACUAAAUCUCAGCCUCCUGCAGGGGCUGCACAGGGGCCUCCACCUUGGUAGUGGGGCCUGUGCUUGCACAAGUUGGGGGUGAGUAUAGACAUGGUAUACAGGUGGGCUGUGAGCACAGGACCGGCUCCAAAACGAUGACCUUCCUGAUGCUAACGAGCAAUUAAAACCCUCCCCCGUCUGC